AUACAUAAAUUCUAAAUGUAGAUGAUAAAUUGUGUUUCUUCAUCUUCCUAUUCAGCUCUAUCAGAAGAGAUCCAGUGUUCGAGCUGUCUAAAUUUGUUCACUGAUCCAGUCAGCACUCCAUGUGAACACAACUUCUGUAAGAACUGCCUGAACCAGUGCUGGAACAACAGUCAGACCUACAACUGUCCAUUCUGUAAAGAAACCUUCAGUAAAAGACCUGACCUCAAGAUCAACACAGCACUCAAACAGAAUAAAUCUGAGGUUCUCUGUGACAUCUGUGAUGAUAUUAAGAUGAAAGCACUGAAGAUGUGCCUGGUGUGUCAGAGCUCUUACUGUGAAACUCACCUGGAGCCUCAUCACAGAGCCCCAAAUUUAAAGAAACACAAACUGAUCGAUCCUGUGGAGGAUCUUGAGGACUAUUUCUGUCAGAAACAUGAGAAACCUCUGGAGCUGUUCUGUAGAGAUGAUCAGAUGUGUGUGUGUUUGCUCUGUGCUGUAACAAAUCACAGGAAUCACAACACUGUUGCUGUAGAGGAGGAGAGCAAAGAGAGAUGGAGCCAGCUGCUGGACAUGCAGACAGAUGUGCAGCAGAUGAUCCAGGACAGAAUUAAGAAAAUUCAAGACAUCAAAAAAGUGAGUACUCACAGGAAAUUACAGCAUCAGAAAAAGAGGAAAGAAGACUGCACUGAGCUCUUCACUGAUCUGAUGCGCUCCAUUGAGAGAUGUCAGUCUGAGCUGCUGGAGAUGAUGGAGCAGAAGCAGAAAGCAGCAGGGAAGCAGGCUGAAGAGCUGAUUAAAGAGCUGGAGCAGGAGAUCACUGAGCUAAAGAGGAGAGACACUGAACUGGAGCAGCUCUCACACACUGAGGAUCACCUGCACCUCCUACAGAUUUUCCCAUCGCUGAUCAGACCUAAAUUCACCUGCAGCUGGUCUGAGAUCAGUAUUAGUGACACUCAGCUGAGUGUGGAGACUCUGAGGAAAGCUCUGAUUCAACUGCAGGAGACUCUAGACGAGAAACUUAGCAGAACUGUGAUGAAGAGGAUGCAACAAUAUGCAGUGGAUGUUACUCUGGAUCCUGAAACAGCUUAUCCAAAACUCAUUCUCUCUGAUGAUAGAAAACAAGUGACAAGUGCAGACUUCGAUAUUGUACUCAGAGAUAACCCAGAGCGGUUUAAUUUUUGUUCCCUUGUCCUGGCAAAAGAGGGCUUCAGCACAGGAAGAUUUUAUUUUGAAGUGCAGGUAGAGGGAAAGACAGAUUGGGAUUUAGGAGUGGCCAGAGAAUCCAUUAAUAGGAAGGGAAUGAUCUCAGAGAGUCCUGAUAAUGGAUAUUGGGUUGUAGUUAUGAGGGAUGGGAAUCAGUACAGAGCUCGUGAAUCUCCCUCUGUCCCUCUGUCUUUGAGAAUGAAGCCUCAGGUUGUAGGUGUGUUCGUGGAUUACGAGGAGGGUUUGGUCUCCUUUUAUGAUGUGGAGGCCAGAUCUCAUAUGUAUUCUUUCACUGGUCAGUCUUUCACUGAGAAACUCUACCCACUGUUUAGCCCCGAUAGUAAAAAAGGAGGCAAAAAUUUAGCACCACUGAUCAUUUUACCUGUCAGUUAAAAUUACAAUUAAAACAUGAAACACUAAAUUAAAAGAAAAACUGGUAUAAAAUAAAUAAAAAUAAUAAUCACAUAUAGAAAUAAAUAAAUAAAAUUCCUUGAUUUUAGAAAGCUGACAAUGAAUGAAUGAUCAAUAAUUAUAAUCCUUAUUUCAUGAACUUGCACUUACAUAUAAUCAGAUAGAGCAAAGAGUUUGCAUAUUUGUCAUGCUGUGUGAGUGUAGGGCUCUGAGCCCAGAAUUUAGACCAAACCCAGAGAAUUCUCCCGUCCCAAGCUGGGAUAUUAUUAAUAGAGUAACAGGAGUUGGGGUGGUGGAAGGAUGCUGGUAAACUGUCAUGGGACAAUGGUGGGUCGGCUGUAUAUACUCUAUAUAUGUUAUGAUCUAAUGGAUAUAUACACUAGAAAAACUAAAUAAUUUUUUAAA